AGUGAGCUGAGGUUGUGUGAGUUAACACAGCCUUAAACAACUUGUGCAGUGGUAGCCUGGUUCCAGACCAUAGACCCCGCCCACUCAACUGGGAGCUUCAGUCUGACACUCAGGCUAGUGCAGUGGUGGACGAAAACCAGCCUGAAGCAGACAUGCGGGUGGCAAUAAUUGGAGCUGGAGUCAUUGGCCUGUCAACAGCUCAGAGCAUCUACCAGCAGUAUCACUCCAUCGUCAGCCCACUGACCAUUGAGGUGUAUGCAGACCGUUUCACCCCACUGACCACUAGUGAUGGAGCUGCUGGCUUUUGGCAACCAUAUCUCUACGACAACGGCAACGUCCAGGAGACAAAAUGGAAUAAAGAGACAUUUGACUACUUGCUGAGCUUCCUCAGUUCACCGGAUGCCAUACAAAUGGGUAUAUUCCUCCAGUCUGGCUACAACCUCUGCACUGAACCAGCCCCAGAUCCUUCAUUUAAAGAUAUCGUCCUGGGCUUCAGACAGCUCACAGAGCGAGAACUGCGCAUGUUCCCCGGAUACAAUUACGGGUGGUUCAACACUGCUCUCAUGGUGGAAGGUAAAACAUACUUACCUUGGCUGAUGGACUGGUUGCAAAAAAGGGGUGUGAAAUUUCAUCACAGGAAAAUAGAGUCCUUCAAGGAGCUGGCAGAAACAGGGGCAGACGUGAUAAUAAACUGCACUGGGAUUAGAUCAGGGGCGCUCCAGCCGGACCCUGACCUCAAACCAGGCCGGGGUCAGAUCGUGAAGGUGGAGGCUCCGUGGCUGAAGCAUUGGAUUCUUGUCCAUAAUUUUAUAGAAGAAGUCUACAGUUCACCGUACAUCAUUCCAGGGAGCCGUCUCGUGACAGUUGGUGGGAUUUUCCAGAUAGGAAACUGGAGUGAACAGAACAACUCCACCGACCAUAAGCACAUCUGGGAUCGUGCAUGCCAGCUCGAGCCAAGUCUCAAGCAUGCCAGGAUAGUGGAGGACUGGAGCGGCCUCAGGCCUGUUCGCAGCAAAGUCCGCCUGGAGAGAGAGACCAUACAAUCUGGUGCAACUAAAAUAGAGGUAAUACACAACUACGGUCAUGGAGGUUUCGGAUUAACCAUUCACAGAGGCUGCGCCCAGGAGGCAGCAAGGCUCUUCGGUCAGAUCGUGGAACAAAAAGGCAAAGGUCCAAAAGCUCGCUUGUAAAUUUGUGUCUGUCAGUACUGAUUGAUGCACCCCUUUUUCUAAUUUCAAUGUCAGUGCCUUGUAUCUUGUACCACACAAACUGUUUUUUGUCUUUAAGUAACAUUUAAAGCCAACAUAUAUUCAGUAUCAUAUAUUUUUGGGGAAAUCACAUCACUUAUAAUCACAGUCAUGUAAUGGUUGUAACUUAUAGGUAAGCUGAAAGAGGAGACAUUCCUAUUGUUGUCCUUGUCCAUUAUAAAUGAACAGAUGGCUCAUUCACAUGUAACAAAAUCAUACUUGAAUCUGGAUCGUCCACCUACAGAUCGCUCACAGUACAGGGCCAGCUGCAAACAAAUACAAAUGAGACAAACUUUUUCACUGAAAAAAAAUAGUCAACUUUCCAUCAUUCUUGAGAGCGGUGGCCCUUGUUGUCGACUUAUGUCUGCUACCUAGCAGAAAGUAUGUGCUGUUUGGUAACUGUUUGUCAGCUUGUUUACUGCCUGUUUAUGAACAAAUUAGUUAUGCCUGCGUAGUUCCUACUUGGUGCAUGUUCACAAACUGUAUGAUAGUACUGCCGUUGGCUGCAGCCCUUAAAAAUCAGUCCAUGGGCCACAACUGACCCCCUGGCUGGACUUUGAACAUGCCUGGUUUAUGGAGUACUUGUGACAUUUUAACACCUUUUUAGUUGAGAGUCAACAAUUUAACAGUUUUGUUUUAUUCUGUACAUGUUAAACACAAUUUCUAUAGAGUAUAUGUGACAAUUUGGUACAUAUUCUCUGAAUAAUUUUGUUAACUUAAACUAUUCACUCAACCUAAUACAGGCAUGUCAUUUACGCCAGGUAUAGUGCUGUAAGGCAGUUUAGUGCACAUGAUUAGAGUAAAUUGUGGUCAAUGUUGUGCAUAACAGACAACAUGGAGUUUGUAUUGUAUUGGAUCGUAAUACGUUUUUGACCAGGCAGUGUUGAAGUAUAAUAACGGGUAAUAUGUGAGAGUAUAUAGAAAUACGACAUCGUGCUGGUAAUUUUGGAAGGACUUGGCCUGUCGUUUGUUUCUUUCUUUUUGUAUUCUCAAUAAACCUUGUUAAACUUU